AUGGCUUACAUUGCGGCAGUCCUCGCCGUUCUCGCCGCCACUCUAGGUCUCGCCUCUGCGCAGGCCAAGCUCACCCACUCCCAAGCCGUCUCGCAGCUGUCCGCCUCGGGCAUCACCGUCUCCUCCUCGGGUGGCUGCUCGGAUCGUAACACACCCACCUGCACGUCUCUGGAGCAGGUCAACGCCGUCACCAUUGCCGGCGCAAAGACCCUCAAGGGCGCCUGCGGCUGCACCGUCCGCGUCACGGGGGGCACCGAGGUGGGCCAUGCCAGCGGCACGUACUCGCAUUACAACGGGUACAAGCUAGACUUUUCAAAGACAUCGGGUCUGAACUCAUAUGUCACCAACACCUUUACGAGGAUUGCCGACAGAGGAGAUGGCUAUCCUCAGUGGCAGGCGGCCUCGGGUAACCUCUACUGUGACGAGGGCAACCACUGGGAUGUGACCUUUUUCACAGAUGGGAAUUAG